AUGGGUGAUGCUCAUAUGGCUAUCCAAGCCAUAUUGGUGAGCCAAGCUUUGCAUAAAAUGGGCCGCUCUUUGUCGCGCAAAUUUGGAGCUUCCCUUUUACAGGGAGUUGAUGCAACCAAACUGAAACAACACCAUCAUCUUAAUUGCAGAAGAUUUGACCGAGUCGUCUUCAACUUCCCACAUGCCGGUUUCCACGGCAAAGAGUCUGAUUCCUAUCUUAUACGGAAGCAUAGGGGACUGGUGUUUGGAUUUUUCCAAGGCGCAAGCCAUAUGCUAAGAGCUAAUGGAGAAAUUCAUGUUCCUCACAGGAAUAAAGCACCUUUUUCUCAGUGGAAUCUGGAGGAGCUCGCUAGCAAAUGCUCUCUUGUGUUGAUUCAACGUGUGGCUUUCGAGAAAACAAAUUACCCUGGUUAUGAGAACAAGAGAGGAGACGGGUCCAGAUGUAACAGAACUUUCAUCUUGGGAGAUUGCAGUACUUUCAGGUUUCACGUAUCUACGGAGCUUCAUACAGAUAAUAUGAAAUGGAAACAAGUGAAGGGAGGAGAAUCAAAGCGAGAACAGUUCGUUGAGUGCACUAACCGCGUCUGUAGAGUUUCGUCUGAGAUUCAUAUUGGGGAACUAGGAAGGCUAUCACCACGGGAACGGACCAGAUUUCCUUACAGUGUGCAGCAAAGGAUAGUUCUGAAGAUUGAUAUGAGCGAGAAUGAGAAAGCAAUAAAGAAAGCUAUGAAACUCGCGUCAGGAGCAUCAGGUGUGAGAUCUGUCGGGAUUCAGGGACAGAACGAUCAGUUGGUUGUUGUGGGAGCGGGAAUUGACACGGCCGAGCUAACACGUCUGCUCCGGAAGAAAGUUUGUCCCACCACGUCCAUCGUCACCGUUCAGGCAGCACCGCCUCCACGGCCCCAGCAGCAGCAGCAGCAACCGCAGUUUCAUCUAAUGGAACAUCACAACGAGAUGGCUCCGGCUAGAAGAUGCAUAUGCGAGAUACCGAAUUCGGGUUUCUGCGGGUUUUGUAGACUACCCCCUUACCAGAUGGUAGCUCUGCCAUAUCCAGCUCCCGUGGUCUACCGUGAAGAAUCUGAUGGUUGCAGAAUCAUGUGA